GUUUGAAGUGAACGGCGGGCCGAUCUAGUGCGCAUACUUACCACGACGGCGCUAACCGUAAGCGUUCGCGAUUGGUUAAUAAGACGAUAGAAUUGUGGCGGACUGAACGAUAUUUUAAAAAUGUCGUAAUUUGCAUUCUAAGAUGAGGAAAUCGAAAUUUAUCGCUGCACCGAGCGCGGAUACGUUGUAAAAUUGUGCGCGAAAGUUACAAAAACUGUUGUAGGUGAACUGGAGCAGCUUUCCGUGGCGGUUUAGGGCGUGUGAAGCUUGCGUACGCGAUUAUGGCUGUUGUGUUCUCUGGCGGGCGAUCCCAGUUGGCCUAGUGCCGCUUCCCAACGGCUGUACUGAUCGACGGUACCGGAAUUUAUUGACGUGUCAGUGGUAAUCAUCGAAAAAUCAUCUUAUGACUUCGAAUUGGUGUCCAGAACAUGACCCGGAAGACAUGCCUUGACCACUUACAUGUCGACGUAACUCUCAAGUCGGUAUGUCAUGAACUUUUACUCAACAAUCCAUGGUCACUUUCAAUACCAGAAGUGUGCAAGACUCUCGAUUUGCUUUUGAACGAAAAUGGAAUGACCCGAAAUAAAAUGCCAAGAACGCGUGCCCAAUCAAUGUGUUACAAACUGAAAGAAUCUCCGCUGUCGCUUACGAAUUACACCCGUCGAUUACGAACUCGGCGACACACGGCUUAUGUCAACAAUUAUCUCGAUACGUCCGGCGACGACAACAGCAACCCCGUUACGCCAAUGAGGGAGCUCAGAUCGAGCAGUCGUGUGGUGAAGGCCGAGCCCGAAAUCGGAGUGUGGGAAUCGCGGCGAUCGAAACGAACUUGCAUAGGUAAAAAGCGAGGGUCGGCCGAAGAACGACUUAUGUUCGACAAUCGCAAUUAUUACAAAGUUGAAGUAUUCAGUAGUAAACUGAGAUCGGUACGGAAGUUGAAGUCGCCUGUCGUAUCUGAGGAUAGUGAAGAUGAUAAAGCUUAUAGUUUUCCCAAGAAGAAGAAGCAGUCUGAAAUAACAAGGCUAAAUAAUGAGGCGGAGAGUUUCCUGUUUCCACACAAAUGUGAUUCGAGCUCGGAUGAUACUGACACGACCGAUCCACCACCCCCGCAACCUGUCCGGAAACGUGUUACCAAUGAGAACGUGAAACCGAAAGCGGUUAAAAUCGAACCCGACGAUGCAUCGAUGGACAGCAACUCGUCGGAGGCGUCCGUUCUUAAGAAGAAACGUAGGUUAACACAAGCAGAGGCCUUCAUUUUGGAUAAUCAAAGAUAUUAUAAGUUCGAAACGCCCGGUUCUAGAUUAAGGUACCAAGGCUCUUACUUGUCGCCCAUAACGACGAAAAACAAUGGCGAAUUCGGCGUCAAGCAUUCGCGGAUGAGAGAGCAGCCGCCGAAACCUCCGCUUCAGUUAGAAGAGUUGAAAUUCGCCUUUGAAACCGUUCCGAACACCGAACCGUGGUAUGCGACGUUUCAACGGCAGGACAAGGGCCAAGAGUGUUACACAUGUUACAAUUACUUUGCAGGGUACAAACCGUUUUUACUUCCGUACGAAAUGGGUCCGCUUCCUUCGCUUAAUCCACGCGUCUGUUUCUACGCCUACAAGCAGAUGAAGAAGGAAAUUUUGGGCGACACUGGGCCGUCUGCGUCGGAGGCGUGUAGUACGCCCGAUGCGGACAUCAUUAAGACUGAUUAUAACAGCAGUACGGGCGAAGAUACGAAGAGUAGCGAAGACGCGAGCGUAGAUUUAGUUCCUCAGAAAGUAUUCCGUAAGACGAAAAAAAGGAAGGUCUUAUCGGGUAAGAACCCGAGGAAAUCGCCUAGGCAGCACGCGUCCACCUUAGCCAUUUUAAGCAGUUUAAUUCAUCAAAGGAAACGGAGGGACUACAAGUGCAGGGUAUCUGACCAAAGUAAGCAAUUAUCGGUGAUAGCGGAGGAAAAGGAGGAGGAGCCGGAUUAUGAUGUUUUAUUUAAAAGUAUUGACGACAUGCUGUCGAAUUCGUAUGACGAUAUGAAUUUGAUGGACCGUCUCGCCGGGGAGGACGCCAUUGACGUCCGCUGCAAAUCUGAUGCCAUCGAGUGCCUGGACGACUGUAUCAGAGGGGUGAAUGGUGGCGAACGAAAGACAAAGGUUAACCCGAAAAAUGUCAUACGGAAGCCGGCCCGUAAGAAAAAGAAAAACAGAACCGGUUGGCCCAACAAAAAUAAACGAUCGACAUUUCGCAAGGAAGGCAGUGAUAGUCGGGACGGUAAUGAAAGUAUUAAGAAUUCGCGUAUCGAUUCUGGAACUGAAGAAAGUGGCUCAGACAAUAACUUAAAUAAUCGUAAGGACAAAAUUAAAUUAUCGAACAUUAACAAAAUAAACGGCGACGUGCAAGUGAGUAAAUUUAACGGCGAACUAUAUUUCAAAAAUGUCGGCGUUCCUAGACGGAAGGACCACCGCGAGUCCUCCACGGAAAAUUGCGUCGAAGUUGUGAUUCCUAGUGUUGGUGAUAAAAUCGACUGUGUUAACGUGGACCUGGCAAAGUGGGAGAACGCCGAGAAAUUGCUGGCCGCCAAAAUCCGCUGCGAGGAUAUUAAUAAUGACAUUCUUUUUCAACCGAUUGUCCGUGUACAAAAACUAGAUAGUAACAUUGAGGAAAAAUGUAUAGAAAAACAGUUUAGUGUAAGUACGCCGAAACAGAAUAGGAGGUCGCGUCGAAUGCCCGCCUCGCCUAAAUCCCCGCGUAUGUUACGAAGACCAAGAGGUAGAUGGUAUUAAAUUUUUGUUUUAUUAGACUGCUCAUUUUUUGUACUAUUUAUUUCAUGUUUCCUUUUAGAGUAGCUCCCUCCAAUUGUAAAAAGAUUUUUGUACCAAAUUAAUUUAGUCUAUUGUGGAUUUAUUUUAUUGUGUUCAAUUUUUUAUAUAUACCGAGCGCCCCAUGCAGACAACAGUAAGGAUUCCGUUUGUUUACAAAAUGGCAUUUAAAGGGUAACAUUUCGCCCGAGUCUCUUAGUGCCAAAUUAAUCGCAAUGGAGAAUUAGACUGACGUAAGAACAUGAGCGGAAUGUGCCAUUUAUUUGCCAUUUGCAAAAUGUUUUAGUUAAAUAGAAUAUAUUUAAAAUAAACAUUUAUAAAUUAA